UGGAACUAGACAGGCUUUAGGGUCCCUUCCAUCCAAAACCAUUCUAUGAUUCUGAUUCUAUACUUCAUCUCCAUGACAGCUAGGAGAGCGGCAGGUCACGGGAUGCAAAUGCACAGGGAAAUGAGGGCACACUUCUGUGUUACACUGUCUAAAUAUAGAUGAAAACUUAAACCCUCCACUGUGACACCUUCUUCUCCCAGGCAGAACCACCUCCAGCAGAAAAGGGUUUUAUCAGGAAAGGGAAACAGUGAACUGUCUUUCACUGAAGUAAAACCUCUGUCUGAACACACUAGGUCCUGAACUAGAGCUGUUGUAGCCACGUGGCUUUAAGUUGUAUUUCUACCAGCAGGCAUGUUUUCUUUACAGCUGAAGUUAAUCUGAAACACAUGUUCUUUCUUCAGCUUCACUGGGUGCCUGGAUCACAGGGGUUAGUUAAAUACAGCCCUCUUCCUUUAAUUUCUGGGAAUAUAUAUAAACAUUGCUUCAGACUGGCCUCGGUGGCAUCUGCGCGCAGGGCCACGACACUUCUGCAGCAGCUCCUGUUUACCCACAGUGAAACUCUGGGUUACACACUGCCAUUGUGACCAGACAGAUCUGUCUGGAAGGGACACGCAUGCCAGCACCAGAGUGAUUAGAAGUGGAUUCCAUCGAAGGAAGAAGCUUAACAGCUUGGAGGAACUUGGUACUUUUCUCCCACUCCCAUGAGAAAUGUUGAAUAAGCCAAGCUCUGUCUUUCACCUCUUCUCUAGAUCUGCCCCAGCACUAGUUUCAGGCAUGCAGAUUCCAGUGGUUCUCCUUUUCCUGGGUCUCUUAACUGUCCCAAGCAGAUCCCAGAACUCGGCUGCUGAGCAGAACCCUGCCACUGCUGAUGGAGCAAACGCUGGCGAGGCCGAAGAGGAAGAUCCAUUCUAUAAGAGCCCUGUAAACAAGCUGGCAGCUGCAGUCUCCAACUUUGGCUAUGACCUGUACCGUCAGCAAUCCAGCCGCACAGCCACUGCCAACGUGCUACUGUCUCCGUUCAGCCUGGCUACUGCCCUUUCUGGUCUCUCGCUUGGGGCCGGAGAACGAACAGAAGAUGUGAUUUCUCGCGCUCUCUUCUAUGAUCUACUUAACAAAGCUGAGGUUCACAACACUUACAAAGACCUACUGGCCAGCGUGACUGGACCAGAGAAGAGCAUGAAAAGUGCCUCCCGUAUCAUCUUGGAGAAAAGACUGAGGGUGAAGCCUGGUUUUCACAGCCAGUUAGAGAAGUCCUACAAGAUGCGUUUGAGGGCACUAAGCGGCAAUACCCAAUUAGACCUCCAAGAAAUCAACAACUGGGUACGGCAGCAGACAAAGGGGAGGAUUAUGCGGUUUAUGAAGGACAUGCCCAUGGAUGUCAGUAUUCUCCUUGCUGGGGCUGCUUUCUUCAAGGGGACAUGGAAAACCAAGUUUGACACCAAGAAGACAGCCCUGAAGGACUUUUAUCUGGAUGAGGGCAGAACGGUGAAGGUGUCCAUGAUGUCAGACCCCAAAGCCAUACUUCGAUACGGUUUUGACUCGGAACUCAACUGCAAGAUCGCCCAGCUGCCACUGACAGAGGGAAUCAGUGCCAUGUUUUUCCUGCCUACGAAGGUGACUCAGAAUAUGACUUUGAUUGAGGAAAGCCUUACUUCUGAGUUUGUCCACGAUGUAGACAAGGAGCUGAAGACAGUUCACGCUGUGCUAAGCUUGCCCAAACUCAAGCUGAAUUAUGAAGAGGCCCUUGGCAACACUGUAAAGGAGACAAGGCUCCAAUCACUUUUCACAUCACCUGAUUUUACCAAGAUUUCUGCCAAACCAAUUAAGCUUUCUCAUGUGCAACACAAGGCAGUUCUGGAGCUUAGUGAAGAUGGAGAAAGAUCCACACCAAAUCCUGUGGCGAAUGCUGCUCGCCUGACUUUCCCCAUAGAAUAUCAUGUGGACAGGCCUUUCCUUCUUGUACUGCGAGAAGAUACCACUGGAACCCUCCUCUUUAUUGGCAAGAUCCUGGAUCCCAGGAGUGUUUAGAUCCCUUCACAAUAACCUGCAAUGGUAGGGCCCAAAUGGAAUGGGUGGUAUUGGGAGGAAUACUGGCUCCCUGCUCUGCUGCUCAAAGACACAACUUGCAAAUCUUAUGCCUUCAUGCUGCAAUAAAAGAGCUUUUGCUAUUAAU